UAUGCGAAUGCUCUUUUCAUAAAAUUAAUAGAGGUCGUGGUGGGCAAAAUGGCGGUAAAUCGUCAAGUCUUACUUCAAAAACUUGUAACUUUAUGUGUUAUUUGCUAUGUAGCUGCAUCAAAAUUAAAUGUACCGCGAGUGUUACUUCCUUAUUGUAUAUCUGUAUCAACAAAUUUUACUUUAGAGGUUACAGAUGGUUGCUAUACGUGGCAAUCAUCAAGGCCAGAUGUCGCGACUGUUACACCUAUCGAUCCUGAGCCAGGAACAUCUUGUGCUACGAAAGCUAUUGUGUCUUCAGUCUGGAAGCAACCAGUUCGAAUGACCUCAAUCAUACUGGGUCAAGAAACAGGUACUGGUCAGGUACUAAGGUGCGACGUCAUCGUUGACAAGAUACAUCGUCUAGAGAUUGUUACGACCACCCGCGAGCUCUUCUUGGAAGAUGCUCCAGAGCUUUUUGAGCUUAGAGCAUUCAAUGAUCAAGAUGAUACUUUCUCAAGCCUGGAGGGUUUGGCUUUUCAGUGGAACUUGAUUUCAAACACGGAUUCAGGCCAAGAUAAUUAUGUGGAUGCAAACAGUGUACUCAGGGUCCUUACCUUUGAAGAAUCACCCUAUGAAACACCACAUUAUAUCGAUAUGCUGGAACGCCAGGGCUUGCAAGGGCACAUGUGUCUGGUAGAAGGGAUUAAAACUGGUUCUGCCAAAGUGACAGUCAAGCUGAGACAUCCAGCCUAUAAGGCUGUGAACGCGAGCACGGUCGCGCUGAUCGUCGUCGCUAACCUGAUGCUGAACCCGGCGCACGACGUCUACCUGCUCCAGCACACGUCCGUCGCCUACAGGGUCGAGCUCAUCAAGCAGGGACGAGCUCACGAAAUCAGCAUGCCGUCUCAGCAGUAUUACCUGGAGUUGACUGACACCAGCAUUGGCAGUCUGGAAGUUGAUACGUCGACGGUGACGGGAUUGAAAUACGGAAAUACCGAGAUUGUUCUGAAAGACAGAAAUAUAAAUAUAAAAGAGCUCAUCCACCACCCAACUGGACACAUCUACGUAGUCACACCUGGAUACCUGGGAUUCGUGGUCCUACCAGGAAGGGUGUGGGUUCUACAAACUGACCGUGUCUAUGAUAUAAUGAUAGAAAUCUACGACAGGGAGAGCCACAGAAUACACCCUUCUGAUAAUCUCCGUGUCGUUGCUACGUUCUCGGAGAAGUACUUUGAGGUGCUGUACUCGUCGGAGAACGGCACGUAUCACAGGGUUCACACCCGUCAGACCGGCACUACCAGCAUUCAUGGCUUACUCGAUGCCGUCGUCGCCACGGAUGGAAAAGAAAUAAAAUUAAAGCCUCCAAUGAAGGCAGCACAGGAGGUGGAGAUAUUCGACCCUAUCGUGGUGACCCCGCCACAGCUGGUGUUUCCGUGGGAACCGGUCAACAAAGGCAGCUACCAUUACACCCUCAAGGCGUCUGGAGGAAGCGGCAACUUCAGCUGGUCCUCGUCGGACACGGGCGUGGCCAGAGUUAACGUGAAGGGUGAGAUGGUGACCCUGGGAGCCGGGCGCACGACCGUGUUGGCCGCAGACGUCCGAAACCCAGCGCACACUGGUCAGGGCGAGGUCUAUGUUCUGCCGCCGACGGAGAUGCGAUUUCUGCCGAGCGUUGUUGAGGUGGAGAUCGGAUCGGUGCUACACCUGCCUCUCGCCAUGUCUGCUGAGUACACCCUCGAUGGGGAGAAGCGGCGGGUCACCUUCAAUGAUUGCAGCAUGGUGCCAUUUAAAGUGACCAUUGGGCUUAAUACCGUGUUUGAACAGACAAAAGCCGACAAAACUGCUGCUAAACUGGCCGGCAGCUGCGUGGUGAUACCAGUGAAGGGCUUACAGCUGGGAAGCACAGAUGUGACUGUGCAGUAUCAUUACGGCACAGUGAAGCUCGAGGCAGUAGCUACCGUGGCAGCGUACAAACCCCUUGUGCCGCUGGACCCAGAACAGGUGGCAGUAGUGGCCGUCGGCUCUUCGAAGCAGGUUGUGUUUGAGGGAGGACCACAGCCGUGGGUUCUUGACCCGGCAGGAUUCUACCGACAUCUGAAGCUUGAGGAUGAUUCAUUUCUCAGCCCAUCUCAUACAUACGGAGCCUACAAGACGCUGCACCUGAGCUGGGUGUUGUGUACAGGACUCGGCGAACAGCAACUCACGGUGCUCGUCGGAAACGAGGCCACGUCCACAAACCCGAAGCCAGCCAAAGCCUCUGCAAGCAUCAGGUUUGCGUGUGCCCUGCCGGUGAGUCUACAUCUGCUGCCGCUGGUGGCGCAGCCGGACCUCGAAAUUCCUCCCUGUCCGAUCACUCCAGACUCCGAGCUGCCAAUCCCGGCCCACUGCGAUCGCAAUGUCGACAUCCUUGCCAUCCUGAAGGAUAACAACGGCAGACGCUUUGAUAACUUCUCCUCGUUAGCGAUUGAGUGGGAGAUCAACGAUCAGACGCUGGCGAGUCUAUACAACACUCACGGUGUGCAGCGGGAAGAACAGGACGGACCAGCGUGGCACAGACAUGCCAGAAGUCUGCAAACAUUGCGACCAAAGAGCCUUGAAGGGUCGGUAAUCGUCACUGCACGGGCAACUCACUACAAUAACAAUUACUUUUCAUCUCAGAAGAUUUCCCACGAGGUUGAUAUAAAGCCCCCGAUUAGUCGUUCUGUGGAGCUGCAGCUGGUAGAGGAGUGCUUUAUCGAACCAGACGAGAUCUCUAUCUUUAACCAUCCUUCGAACAAGGUGGCGCUGUCUAUUCAGAAGGGUUCCGGCUACUUCCACGUGGAGCCGCGCGAGAGUCGCGUCGCGCAGGUUGCCGUCGACAACCGCGUUGUCAGCGUUGCGCCGGCGCACGACGGAGCGCUGUCGCUCACCGCGUAUGACCUGUGUCUGUUUGCCGCCGACCCGGCCAGGGCGCAGGUGCAGGUGUCCGGCGUCGAUUCCAUCGACCUGAGGGUCGUCGACAAGGUGGAGCUGCGUGACGAAGUGCGGGCAUCUGUGAGGGUGCUGGAUUCGACGGGCAAGCCACUCUCGGCACAGUUCUUCACACUUAUGAACCUGAAAAUUGAAUCUGGAUCUGAGAUCAUCAGUGUCAAGCCCGAUCCAUCAACGAACAAGGAUCCGAAUCGAUUGAACUACAUCGUGCGAGGCGUGAGUCUCGGCCACACCACGCUGCGCGCACACGCAACGCUGCAGAACAAGCAGAAGAUCUCUAGUCAGGCAAAACCGAUCCAGGUGUUCCCGCCGCUGAGGCUGGAGCCUAGGAACAUCACGCUGGUGCUGGGCGCCCUCUUUCAGAGCGGCAUCAGCUUGCCAGACGAGGGUAACUUUGCGAUGCGGCUGCACGCGCGGCAGCAGGGCAUGGUGACGCUGCGGCUGCGGGUCGUGCCAGACGCACACGCACGCUAUCAGCUGCUCGACAACCGUCCGCUCACCGACGACGUGCAAAUACAGGUGUUUGAGAAGUUGCAGGUGUCACGGCCUAAUCUCUGCGAUGGACAGAUGAUCAUUACAACUGAUACUGAAGCGGAUCUAGGAACGAAUAGGGAUGGUUCGGCGGACGUUACGUACCAGGUCAUCUCCCAGUCAUUGGAGCGAGGCAAGCACGGCGUGAUAUCGGUGGACCAGCCCGGCAGGAUCGUGUCGGGGUCGAGCGUGGGCGAGGCGUCUGUACUCGUGACAGCGCGCGAAGACUUCGGCAUCAACCAAACGCUCGUCAUCCUCGUCAAGGUGAAAGAAGUGUCCUACCUCAUGCUGAACACCAUAUCUCUAAUACACACAAGCAAACACAAGCUGGCUUCAGUACCCAUCGGCAUGAAGCUGGAGUUUGUCGUCAGUUUCCAUGACAACAUAGGAGAGAAGUUUCACACAACAAAUGUUGACCUUCACUAUAGACCUAGCAGGUUCGACCUGCUGCAGGUGUCGCGUGGAGCGCAGAACGGCACGCUGGUGGCACGCGCCACACGCACGGGGCAGACUGUGCUGAAGGUGUGGGACAGCAACAGCCCGCGCAAGGCCGACUACAUCUCGGUGCUCGUCGGCCGCGCGAUCGAGCCCGCCUACGUAGCGCUGACCUUGGGCGAGGUCGUCUGUUUCGCGUCGCCGAUCUUGUCCGAGGAGGGUCACCGCGGGCAGUGGUCUGCGGAAGGAAGCGUGAUGUCCAUCGAUCGGCAUUCUGGGGUUGCCAUGGCGACGACCGUCGGUACGGCGCAGGUCACCUACAGCAUAGGCAGCAGCUUCGUGACCCAGGCUGAGGUGUCGGUGGCGCCCGUCACGGAGGUGAAGCCCUUGCCGCAUAGCCACGACUUCAUCAGUAACGUGCCACGCAAGCGGGGCGUUGUCAUACCGUUACUGCUGAGCGGGGAUUUGACGAACGAGAGAGCAAGCAAUCUGCUAGGUGGAAACUGCAGUCACCUAACCGAGCUUCCAGUGACGUUUCCUUACCGCUGUGAUCUUUACUUCACAUCGCACACGCCUGAUAUCACAAUUCACGAACUCUUCACAGCCGAGCCAGCCUUCGACCCUAAGCUAGGUCGCUACCAGUGCGUCGUGAUGCAGAAGUCGAGCGGGGAGCACGUCGCGCGUGCGGCCAGCGCGCUGGAGACGGGCGUGGAGCUGUGGGCGGUGGUGCGCGCGCGCGAGGGACAGGCCGAGCUGAGGCAGACGCUCGGGGCGCUGCCGCUGCGGCCCGCGUUCCACGUGUCGACGGCGGAGCUGCACGUCAGCGACCUGCUGCCCACCGCCGCGUUCAGCAUCAGCGCCAGCGAUGCCGUCAUGGAUAGCAUCACGGUGGUGUCGAGUGACAGCUCGAUCGUGGAGGUGCUGCCACCUGUGCAGGACGCAAAGGCGCAGCACAGCAGCUCGUUCCCACUGCGACUCGUCGAGUCACCGAUGCUGUGGCACCUAGGAGGCGCUGACGUGCAGGUGCUUGUGGCGUCACUCGUGACAGGUCAGCAGGAGCAGGUCGCCGUCAAGGUCAAGUUGAUCGGCAGCAAGCCGGGGGAAGGAGUAUGUCCACCCAUCAGUCAUCAGGUCGGCUGGGCCUGGUUGAUAGAGAGCAUAGCUAACAAUUACUUUACGUGGAUAUCAUCGAUUCUCAUCACAAUAAUCACCGUCGCAGCCCUGUACAUAGGCUACAGGAGCUUAUCUGCGCCGCGUUACUAUGCUGCACCGAUGCAGCACUUCAGCCCGCGUGGCACGCCCGUGAACGGGGCGGGAGACGGAAUCUACCCGACUCCAGGUGUGUACGCGAGCCCAUGGGCGGCCCACAGCGCGAGUCACGGCUCGCCCAAGUCAAAGCUUUGGAGCGUCGGCAACGAGCCGCUGCACACGCCGGCGCCCUACGCUGCCGACCGAUCGUACAACAGGAGGUCGCCCUACCAGCCUGGCUCGUGAUAGCUGCCGUGACGUUGUGAGGAGAGCUGGUGUACUGACAGCUGGCAUGAUAUCAGGAGGUUGCCCUACCAGCCAUCAUUGUGACAGCUGGCAUGAUAUCAGGAGGUUGCCCUACCAGCCAUCAUAGUGACAGCUGGCGUGACGUUGUGAGGUGAGCUGACAUACUGGUAGCUGGUGUGACAUCUGUAGGUUGCCCUGUGAGCCAGCAUCGUACCAGCUCUCUUGUAAUCCGGUGCAGAGCUUCUGCCCGCCAUCUAUCACGUCCCCCUGCUAGCUAGCAUCGGGGGAGAUGGUGCGUCAACUGGAGGUCGCCCUGUGAGAGGAGCCAGGCCUGUGAUACGUGGUGUGUUUAGCAUACAACAAGUGAGUGUGACGAGUCGUUGUUUGCGUGUGUACAUAGUUCGUCUGUCGGUCUCGUGCCAAUCGCUGUGAGCCCCCACGCUGUCGGUUCGUAACUAGAGGGGCAUUGCGAGGGCAGCCGUGCUAAGAAGCGUCUGACGUUGAAUAAAUGCAAAGGCAAUUUGUUUUUUUGCCGUGUUUCUCUUGCACUCUGUUCGCACCCGUUCUCACGGGAUCACGUUAGUUCCGCCCCACCUCCGCUGCGUGGUCGCGGUGGCUGCAGAGUAAAUUAGGGAAUUGCUUUGUUUGAUAAUUGGUCACACAUGCGAUGAAA